AUGAUGUCUCGCAGGAAACUCCCGGGUCUCUUUUCCAUCUUGCUGACUGUGCUUUUGGCCGUGAACAUUUUGUUUAUGGUGUAUGUGAAGAAUACAAUCAAAGACCUAAGGAAAAAGGACUUGGGACACUUAGAACUUCAUGCCCCGAACUCUGGAAAAGAAAAUGUCCUUGUGGAACGUUUAGGACACAUAGAGAUGAUGGUAAAAAAUUUAUCAAAUUCCCUAAAAUUAUCAAGUAAUGGGAAAGACAGGAAGCUGGCCGAUGAUGUACAAUUGUCCGAGAAGUCUACAGAUGGAGCACAGGCAGCCAAGAAGGCAAAGAAGGAAGAGGCAAAGCACAAAGCCGCACCCAGGUUGCGGUUCCCAGCUUCCCGUCUGUUUAAAAAGUGGGGAAACGACCUAGCAGAAGACCAGCAAGUGGCAGCUCAGGCCCUGUUUGAUCAGUAUGGGUACAAUGUCUACCUUAGCGACCGCCUGCCUCUGGACAGAUCUAUCAAAGACACCAGGCCUUCCAGGUGCCUGGAGAAAAAAUAUCCACAUGACCUCCCAACAAUUAGUGUCGUUCUCAUAUUCACGAACGAGGCCACAUCCAUCAUCUUGCGCGCGAUCACCAGCAUAAUCAAUCGAACGCCUUCACGUCUCUUGAAAGAAAUUGUCUUGGUUGAUGACUACAGUUCACUUGAGGAGCUAAAAGGGCCUUUAGAGGAGAAGAUCAAAAGGUACAAUGUAAAACCUCCUGGGCUGGUGAAAAUGGUCAGGCAUCAGAGAAGAGAAGGUCUCGCGCAAGCUCGGAUUUCUGGCUGGGAAGCAUCCAGUGGUGAUGUGGUAGCUAUCCUGGAUGCGCAUGUUGAAGUCAAUCAUAAAUGGGCUGAACCCAUUCUGUCUCGAAUCAAGGAAGAUCGCACGGUUAUCAUAUCCCCAGCAUUUGAUAACAUCCAUUUUGAUGACUUUGAACUGGUUCAGUAUGUCGAGGCUGCGGAUGGCUUUGACUGGGCCCUCUGGUGUCUCUAUGAGCCAGCUCCACAGGCUUGGUAUGCCCUCAAAGAUGAAACAGCACCAAUCACGAGCCCUUCUAUCAUGGGAAUAUUUGCUGCAAACAGAGAGUUUUUGGGAGAAAUCGGGGUACUGGAUGGCGGAAUGCAUAUAUAUGGCGGAGAAAAUGUGGAGCUGGGCAUCAGGACCUGGCAGUGUGGAGGGAAAAUUGAAGUCUUGCCGUGUUCAAGGAUCGCCCACCUAGAGAGAGCUCAUAAGCCCUACCUGCUGGAUUUUUCUCCGGCUGUGAAACGAAAUGCAUUGCGUGUAGCAGAAGUGUGGAUGGAUGAGUAUAAACACAUGGUCUACUAUGCAUGGAAUAUUCCCUUGGAGAAACCUGGAAUAGACUUUGGAGAUGUUUCUUCUAGAAAAGAACUAAGGAAGAAACUGAAUUGUAAAAGCUUUGAUUGGUAUAUCAAAAAUGUGUAUCCUAAUUUAGUACCUCAGACUACCAUUGUGGCCUAUGGAAUAAUGAAAAACACAUUAAGCGAGGACAUCUGCAUAGAUCAAGGCCCAGUGCUUGAAAAUACUCCCAUAAUGUAUGGAUGUCAUGGAUACAGCUCACAGCACAUGUUCUAUCAUAGCACCGGAGAGAUCUAUCUUGGAGGUUUACGAUCUCAGCGUAAUGCAGCUGAUCGAUGCAUGGUUGAUACAGGCCAAGGAGAGCUGCCCUUUCUAGAGAAAUGUGAUGAGGCUAUUAGAAAGGGCCUGAGCAUGCACUGGGACUUCAAACAGGGGGCAGCUGUAACUAACAGAAAAACUAAAAGAUGUCUUGAAAUCGUGAAAGAUCAGGGGGCAUCAGUUUACAGACUUGUUUUGCAAAACUGCACAGGUCAAAAGUGGACCAUUCAACAUACUGUGAAAGACUGGGGAAGAAAAGCAACUGCUGGAUAG